AUGACCUCCUACCUCUCCCGUUUAAGUCCUGUCCCAGGAUUUCCCGAAUAUACCGGCCCUUAUAAAGUUGGUACCAUCGAUGUCGAGAUACCCGUCACUGAAUUAGAGUCGCCGAGCCCUGCGCCGGUAAACCAUAUUUCUACAGUCCAGUACCGCAUCUUCUAUCCCUGCGAGCCAGAUGCGAGUGGCAAGCCUGUCAGUUGGAUCCCGAACCCACAGCAAGGCUAUAUAUCUGCAUAUACACGGUUCCUAGGCGCGGGCUCUAAGUUGGCAGAGGUUAUUUCAUACUUCCCUCGUCUCAUCUACUACAUUUCCAUUCCCGUCCGUAAAAAUGCUCCUCUCCUCCCGCCUAUAACCGCCAAUAAAAGAUGGCCUGUGAUGAUCUUCUCUCACGGCCUCGGUGGCUCCAGAAACGCAUACUCGCACCUUGUAGGCUCAAUCGCCAGUCAUGGCAUGGUUGUUGUCGCCCCCGAGCAUAGAGACGGAUCCACCCCCAUAUCUUACAUUCGCGAUGUGCCUUCAAACAACAGCCUAUCCGGGAAGACUUCCGCAAAGAAAUCAAAACGUACAAUAGAGUACCAGAAACUUUCGCACACACCUAGCCCCGAAGUGGAAGCUGGACGCAACGCGCAAUUGCGAGUGCGACUCUGGGAAUUGGGCGUGAUCCAUGACAGUAUUUUAAAAUUGGACUUGGGCACCGAACUCACGAACCUGAACACUUCUUCCGCAUCCCUCGCGCCCUUCAAAGAAAAAAUGGACGUUCAUGCCGCCGGGAAAAUAACGUUCGCAGGCCACAGUUUCGGCGCAGCAACUGUAGCUCAGUUCGUAAAAUCAACAUUCUACUCCCCACGCAACGCGUCCGCUCCAAAAUCCUACACACCACUCUUCACACCCUCCUCCCGCUCCCCCAUUCUAUCGCAAAUAACGCCGCAGACUCCACUCAUCCUACUUGACGUCUGGUGUCUUCCCCUCCGCGCCGAUGCCACACGCUGGCUCUGGAACCUUCCAUUCCCCUGCUAUUGUGAAGGAGGUCCAGGGGGAGCAGCGCUUUUGGCAGUCGAAUCCCAAGCAUUCUUCAAAUGGCGAGACCAUCUGAAAGCCACGAAACACUUGCUAUCCCCCAAUCCCAGCUCCGACGUGUACUCCUUCAAGAACGGAACAUGUCCCUUCCCUGAGCCCAACUUCUUCUAUGCGGAUACCUCAGCGCACCUAUCGCAAUCUGACUUUGGCGUUCUCUUCCCUUGGAUCACCAAGCGUAUCUUCGGGUCUGAGGAACCUGAGCGGGUUAUGAAGUUGAAUGUCCGCGCUAUCUUGCAGGUAUUGAGAAGAAGCGGUGUGGAAAUUAGCGAGACUAGUAAGGAGGAUAUGGAGUUGGUGGAAACAGAGGGCAAGGAGACGAGAGACGACAAGCUUAUUCUUGGGAAGAGGGGGUUGAGGGGCUGGAACUGGAUUAGUACCGAUGUGGGCGAUCUGGGGAAUGUGGAUGAUGGGGAGGAAGUGAACGGGAAAAGGGGAGAGGAGAUGACAGAGCCUUGCGAAGCCGUCAUCGGCAAUGAGGUGUUGACGCAGAAGGAGGGGACUAAAGAACGCUUGUAA